GUUGUGUGAUUUCCUGGAACUUGAGAUGACAGGAAGCGGUUUUCUGCUCUGCUGAAAGGUUCAAACUUCAUUUACAGUUACGGGGCAGGAGGACGAAAACAAGUUUUGCCAUUUUCUCUCGGAUGCACUGAAAAUGAGAGAUCUGCAGGGAGAGGAGGACAGAGCGGAGGCUCCAGGGUCCAGCUGUCUGUCGAUGAAGAGUAACCGGUCCAAAGCUCAGCCUCCAGUCUUCAGCAUUCAGCCCGGACUCUCUGACACUGAAGAGAAGAAGAGGAGUCGUGUCUGUGUGGAGGAGCCGCUGUCCUGCUAUUCUUUGUGUCAGGACGUCCUGAAGGAUCCGGUCUCUACCAGCUGUGGACACUGGUUCUGCAGACAGUGCAUCUCCUCAUACUGGGACCAGUCUGCUUCAUCAGGAGACUCCUCCUGUCCCCACUGUGGGGAAAGACCCAGAACCAGAGCUGGACUGCAGACAGCCAGUCAGAGCAGCUGUGGACAAAAUGCUGGUCUGCAGGAGGUUUUAGAGGAACAUAAGCUCAGUCUGAGGAGGAGAUGUGAACGUGUGACUGAAGGAAGUGAUCAAACAGGAAGUGGAACCCUCCUGAACAGGAUCUACACUGAGCUCUACAUCACAGAGGGACAGAGAGAAGAGGGUCAUACCGAACAUGAGGUGAGGCAGCUGGAGACAGCUUCCAAGAAGAAGACCCUCUAUGACAGACCAAUCAGGUGCCACGACAUCUUUAAAGCCUUCCCUGACCAACAGAGACCCAUCAGAGUGGUUCUGACCAAUGGCGUCGCUGGCGUUGGAAAAACCUUCUCAGUGCAGAAGUUCAGUCUGGACUGGGCAGAGGGCUUGGAGAACCAACAUGUCAGUGUGGUGAUGCUGCUUUCAUUCAGGGAGCUGAACCUGAUCAGAGAUCAGCAGUACAGUCUUCUGGAGCUGCUCCAUGUUUUCCAUCCAACAUUACAGAAGGUCCCAGCAGAGAAGCUCGCUGUCUGGAAGCUUCUGUUCAUCUUUGAUGGCCUGGAUGAAAGCAGACUUUCAUUGGAUUUCACCAACAGGAAGCUAGUGUCUGAUGUCACACAGAAGUCAUCAGUCAAUGUGCUGCUGACAAACCUCAUCGAGGGGAAGCUGCUUCCCUCGGCUCUCGUCUGGAUAACUUCCCGACCUGCAGCAGCCAAUCGGAUCCCUCCUAGAUGUGUUGACAGGGUUACGGAAGUACGAGGCUUCACUGAUGCCCAGAAGGAGGAGUACUUCAUGAGGAGAUUCAGUGAUGAAGAGCUGUCCAGCAGAAUCAUCUCCCACAUGAAGACAUCCAGGAGCCUCCACAUCAUGUGCAGAAUCCCAGUCUUCUGCUGGAUCACUGCUACAGUUCUGGAGCACAUGUUGACCACAGAGCCGAGAGGAGAGCUGCCCAAGACCCUGACUGACAUGUACUCACACUUCCUGCUGGUUCAGACGAAGAGGAAGAAGAACAAGUACCAUGAGGGACAUGAGACGAGUCCACAGGAGCUGACGGAGGCUGACAGGGAAGUUCUUCUGAAGCUGGGGAGGCUGGCGUCUGAACAUCUAGAGAAAGGAAACAUCAUGUUCUACCAAGAAGACCUGGAGCAGUGUGGUCUGGAUGUGACAGAGGCCUCAGUGUACUCAGGAUUUUGUACAGAGAUCUUCAAAAGGGAGUGUGUGAUCUUCCAGAAACCAGUCUACUGCUUUGUUCAUCUGAGCAUUCAGGAGUUUCUGGCUGCAGUCUACAUGUUCCACUGUUUCACCAGCAGGAAGAUGGAGGUGCUGGAGGACUUCCUGACAAAUGACUGUCCAGAUGUAUUCAUUGAUGAAAAUGAUGAUGGUAUAGCCAUCUAUUUUCAAGAAGACUUUCUAUCCACCAUGAUGCAGAAAUCCCUCCAGAGUAAAAAUGGCCACCUGGACCUGUUUGUUCGUUUCCUUCAUGGCCUCUCUCUGGAGUCCAACCAAAGACUCUUAAGAGGUCUGCUGGGUCAGACAGAGAAAAGUCCAGAGAUCAUCCAGAGAGUCAUCAAUAAUCUGAAGAAAAUGAAGAGUGAUAACAUCUCUCCUGACAGAAGCAUCAACAUCUUCCACUGUCUGAUGGAGCUGAAGGACCUCUCAGUCCAUCAGGAGAUCCAAGAGUUUCUGAAGUCAGAGAACAGAUCAGAGAAGAAACUCUCUGAGAUCCAGUGCUCAGCUCUGGCCUACAUGCUGCAGAUGUCAGAGGAGGUUCUGGAUGAGAUGGACCUGAAGAAGUACAACACAUCAGAGGAGGGACGAUGGAGAUUGAUUCCAGCUGUAAGGAACUGCAGAAAGGCUCGGCUUUCUAGCUGUGAGCUGUCAGAGAGCCACUGUGAAAUUGUAGCAUCGGCUCUGACGUCCAGCCCCUCCCAUCUGACAGAGCUAGACCUGAGUGGAACCAAACUACAGGAUUCAGUUUUGAAGCAGCUGUUUUCUGGUCUGGAGAGCGCAAACUGUACACUGGAGAGUCUGAGUUUGUGGGACUGCAAUUUGUCAGAGCUCAGCUGUACUGCUCUGGUCUCUGCUCUCAAGUCCAACCCCUCCCAUCUGAAACAUCUGGAUCUGAGUCUCAACAAGCUGCAAGAUUCAGGAGUGAAACAGCUGUGUGGCUUUCUGGAGAGUCCACACUGUAGACUGGAGACUCUGAGAUUGUAUCGCUGCAGUUUGUCAGAGGUCAGUUGUGCUGCUCUGGUCUCUGCUCUGAAGUCCAACUCCUCCCAUCUGAAACAUCUGGACCUGAGCUACAACAACUUGCAGAAUUCAGAUUUGCAGCAGCUGUUUGAUCACGCAAAGAGCACACACUGCAGACUGGAUCUGAGGAUCUGAGAUUGGAGUCAUCUUGGUGAAUAAGACAGCGUGUGUGCUGAGAGAGGAUGAGCUGUGUCCUGAUGA